GUAUUUUAAUGAUACACAUGGACGCGGUCUUGAAUGAACGUCGCCAUUCGCCAUUGUAACUUUUAAGAAGAAGAAGAAUGUACAAUAUACCUUAAUAGGAAGUAUUCCUUGGAUCUUAAAUUAAUCAGAGGACAUUAAAAAAAUAUUAUAAUGGCUCGAAGCCGGAAGGAUAGUACAGGUAAAAGCGAUUCUGAAGCUACAGAUAAGGAAAGUAAAAGAGAAAGGGGUAGAGAAAAAGAAAGAAAGAAACGUGCUGCAUCUUCCUCCAGCAGUGGUAGCAGUUCAUCGGACAGUAGCUCAGGAUCAUCUAGUUCUAGCAGUGGCAGUAGUUCAAGAUCCAGUUCAUCUUCGAGUACAUCUUCUAGUACUUCUGGAAGUUCAUCUGGUAGCUCCAGAGAUAGAGGUCGCAAAAGAAGUCGCAGCAAGAGUGUUGAUGCAUCCAGACGACAUGAUAAUAAGGAAAAAGAAAGGGAGAAGGAUAGAGACAGGGAAAGGGAGAGAGACAGGGAUCGAGAUAGAGAAAGAGACCGAGAUAAGGAUAAAAAGAAAAGCAGUAAUUCUGUUGUUGAUAAACCCAAACCUAAAGGACGCUCCAGAUCUCCUUCACCCCGACGUAAACGCAGAGAACGUUCACCAAUUCCAAGGCCAACAAAAAUACAUAUCGGGCACUUGACCCGAAAUGUUACAAAAGAACACAUAAUGGAGAUAUUUUCAGCUUAUGGUCAAAUCAAAAUGGUUGACUUCUCGAUGGAUAAACUUCAUCCAAAUCAAGGACGUGGAUUCGCAUAUGUCGAAUUUGAAACAGCCGACGAAGCUGAAAAUGCUAUGAAACAUAUGGACGGUGGACAAAUCGAUGGUCAAGAAAUAACAGCUGCACCAGUAUUGUUACCAAAACCAAGACCAAUACCAAUGCGCAGAAUGUCACCAGUAAUGGGAAGACGUGUACCAUUAAGAUGGGGAGGUGGUAGAAAUACUCCUCCACGUUAUCGUAGACGUUCACCACCGAUGAAUCGACGUAGAAGUCCUCGUCCACCGAGACGUAGACCAAGAAGUCGUUCUCGAAGUCCACAAAAUAAUCCACGACAUCGACAUCGUCGAUACACAAGAUCUAGUUCGAGCAGUUCUCGAUAACGCUCUUUUUGUAUAUACUAAGGUUACGAACUGAAAUUUUGAUCAAAAAUAAAUUCACAUCUAUAAUUGAUCGUUUUGGUAUAACGAAAAUAAAAGAAGAAGAAAAAUAAAUCAAUUUCAAUUCUAAA